AUGGCAUCCAUAUUGUCUCAACAGUUCCUCCACAUUCGAAUCCAAGAUAAUUUGAAAUUUGAUAUCCGUAUCGAAAAUGCGGACUUAGACUGCGGCCAAUUCUAUCGAGAGGGAGAUCGAAGCGACAUUUUGACAUCUGAAGAUCUUGACGACAUGAUUAUUCGGCAUAAUGGCAGUCAACGGUCCAUUUGCUUUUGUGGACAGCCAGGCUCUUUGUACGGAGCUCAAGGCAGCGUCGAUCUUGUUGACGACUUCAAAAAUGCCAGAAUAUGCACUCUCAUCUGGAGAACCGCUGUGCAUAUUGGCGAAAAGAAUGAUUUCAAGAAGCUGAACCAAAAUACAAGUUAUAAGGUGGAUAUUGGAAGGUGGAAUGAGGUCGGGGUUAUGGGGCAUAUUCCAAUAACUAUCGAGCAAUCCUGA